AUGGCCUCAAUCAAAGUCCCCCCAACAGAAUAUCAUCAUUUCGUACCACAGUUCAUUCUCAGGAACUUUUCCCAUAAAUAUUACCAUUCUUCGCGCAACUCCAAGACUACUUCCGGGAGUAGGAAAAGAAAUAAAAAGAAUCAACUCCAUCCAGGCGAGCCAGCAUUACAUGUUAUAGACCUCAAACACGAAAUACCACAACUAUCCGAGUCACCAGUCAAACGCACUUUCGGACUUAUGGAUAUGUAUCAAGACAUUACCAACACGGCUGAUCACAACUUCUUGGAGAAAGAGAUUGGGAAGCUUGAGUCUAGGGUUAGCUCACUUAUUGCCGAUAUCAGGAAAGCCUCUGAAUCCGGGAAAAGCGGUUUCUCCAUGUCCCGCCAGCAAAGAGAUAUGCUGCGCAAAUUCCUUUUCAUCAUGAAAUACCGGGGGCCGGGCUUUCAUCGACGCUUCCAUGGCGACGAAUCGGGCCAAUACAAAGAAGACGAUGCGGAUCAGUUCGAAAGAUAUAUGCAAGAGCAGGGAUAUAAAAGCCCAGUCGAGGUGUGGUCCAAGAGCAUCAAAACCAUUCUAAACCUGACGAUGGAUUUGCAAGGCCAAUGGCAGGAAACACUGCUUAGCAGCAUAUACCCAGAUGAUGCCAUGUGGUUCAUUAUGCACACAGAGUGGUAUUUCAUGGCCUUCUGUACACCAAGCGACCCAAGUAGCGAGUUUGUUCUCACUGAAAACUGCUACAAUGUUCACGAGGGGCCGAACAGUACCGCGUUGAAUCCGUCCACUGACGAGUGGGAAGUUACUUCCUGGACCUCAUACCAUGAAUUCAGCCCCAUCUCUCCAAAGUUGAUCCUAAUUCUUAGGAGUGUACUCCUUCCCAACGAGGAGGAAGACGCGUCUGAGAGUAUAAGAGAAUGGCGGCGACAGAUAUAUGAAACUAGUCGCAAUUCCCAUGCAAAUCCCGCUACCGCCAUAUCAUCAUUAGAAGAUCUGCCCAUUAGGAAACCACGGAACUCCUAUUCUCAGAGAUCUUCCCAAGGAAUUGAGUUCCUACCGGGUGAAGAUGGGUCCCGGCGUUCCCACCAUCGGUUCACCUUCCCGUUCUUCAAGUUAGACACCAAUCAAAUAAAAAGGAUCAACUGCAUAUUUCUCGACAACGCACAUCUCACAUCUGAAAUCGUCUUCAAUUCCGCGUCAUCCCUGAGGGAAUCCCUACAAUACUAUCUUGAACUUCCGGCUGAUCAGGGCUAUAAGUUGGUCCACCGACAGAAAAACGAUGCACGAUUAGUCUACAUAAAGAAGCUUGAAACAAUCAUCAAUACUCUGGGAUCCACUGUGAGCUUAGUGUACAAACAGGCUCUCUGCGUAGAUGACAUGGAAAAGUUGAAGGCUUCUACACUCAAACAGCUACAGGAAGAUAUGUUGAAACACUUACCUGAGCAACCUACGGAGUUUAUGCAGCUCUACAAUACACUUGGGGGAACUCACGAUACCUUUUUCACGGAUAUGGAACAAGCUGGGAAGAUGCGUUUCUUACGGAUAAAAAUCGACGUUUGUACCCAAGGCUUCCGCGAAGCCAUCAGAGAGAAGGUGCGCGAAAAUCUAAGAGAUAUCUUCUGUCAGCUUCCUGCUCGUCGGCUCUGGUUAUACCUCAAGUCCCUUAGGGUAAUGUCGCUAGGAUCACCCGGAUCCCCGGAUGAAAUCAUGUCUAAUGAAAGUAUGGACGGACCGGAAGACGUCAUCGUAAAAGCCAGCCAAGUUGUGCGCCCGGAGUGUCUGGGCCUCCUCUUGCAUUUCACGGUCAUGCAAGACAUACAACACAGGAAGAAUCCAGGGCUUGGUCCUUCUUCGAACUUCGAGUUUGAUGAGACUGGGCUGCAACGCCUACGAAUGAUCACAAAUCUGACUUUCGCUCCUGUGGGAAGUAUCCGCGAUUGUGGAAUUAGGUGCAUUCAGGAUGCCGCGAUAGCCCAAACUAACAUGUUGCGAUUCACGGGAAUGUAUAAAGAAUACAUGAAUCCGAUAUGGAGUGUAGAUGAAAACAUCGAGGUACUCACAAGGUCAUUUCUCCGGGAUGAUAUGAGAUCUAUCCUUGCUGGACAACUACCUGAAGGUACAUUAGAGGAGCUCAGCGAUGUCUUAUUCAAUGUUGUAUAUCCUGCAUAUACUGACAUUCAGAAAGAAUAG